UUCGGCGCAACGAACGAAUCAGUUGCUUCCAACUCGUCCACCAGCAAGGACGUUUCUCCAGAACUUUGCAAUUUGAGAGCUCUGUUUAGAGUACAGAUCUCUUUCUAUUUUUUGUCAAGUGUUGAAAUUGUGUAAUUCGAUCGUUUCGUGUCCCUUCGGGUAAUCGGGUUCUCGCUUCGUGUGUGGUGUGAAUCUUCAGAUUUUUUACCGUGUGUUUGGGAAGAUUGAUCGGAAAUCGGAUAUCAAGUGUCAACUGUUUUGUACCAAGUUUCACGGUUCAACGGGUACCGCAGCUGCAGAGGAAGUCGUCGGUGAAGCACUACAUCUGAUUGAUCUGUUCUCAGAGUGUGUGAUGGAUUAAACCGUGUGUUUUGUGAGAGAAUCAGUGCACAAUAAGAAGAAGCGCUAGAGGAAGUUCCGUUUCCGGUUGUUCAAACAGGAACGCAGUGUGUUGAAGCUACCAACUGCGGUACUAAUGAUAGCAGCAUCGGUUUGAAGUCAUCUAGCCAAACUGGAAGUGAACGGCGUACCGCCCAAAAAACUGACCAUGGUUCGCAGCUUGUCCCAGUGGACAAAGACGCUCAGCUUUCCGGCGCGCAUCUCACCGAACCGCAACUCCAAGGAUUGCAGCGUGAACGUGCUGCCCAUCACGCCGCCACCGGCUCCGCCGCGGAACAAACCGGCCACCUCGACGACGACGUGUUCGUCGUCCAACUCGUCGACGAUGUCGUCGCCGUCGCCACCACCGAACGUUCCAAUUACGGAAAUUAGUCAAAUUAUCUACCCGGACCCGGAAUCGGAGAAGGCCAUCAUGGGAUCGCUGGUGUUCUGCAUCCACCACAAACAGGGCUGCAAAUGGUCCGACGAGCUGCGCAAACUGAAGGCCCAUCUGAACACCUGCAAGCAUGAUGCGAUCCCGUGCCCGAACAAGUGUGGCUCGCAGAUUCCGCGCGUCAUGAUGACGGAUCAUCUGGCCUUCACCUGCAUUCUGCGCCGUGCCAUCUGCGAGUUUUGCAACGUCGAGUUCACCGGACUGGGGCUGGAGGAGCACGCCGGAACGUGCAGCUCGGAGCCGAUGUACUGCGAGUCCAAGUGCGGAGCGCGUGUCGUGCGCGGUCGCAUGUCCAUCCACCGUGCCAAAGACUGCUCCAAGAGGUUGCGCCGGUGUCCGCACUGCAGCCGGGAGUUCAGCGCCGAUACGCUGUCGGCUCACGGUGCCACUUGCCCGCGGAGUCCGGUUCCGUGCCCGCAGCGGUGUGACGCGGGUCCGAUGGCUCGGGCAGAUUUGGACUCCCACCUGCGGGAUGAGUGCAAGGCCCUGUCCGUCCCGUGCUCCUUCAAGGACGCCGGAUGCCGGUUCAAGGGACCGCGCCAUCUGCUGGAGGCUCACCUCGAGUCCAACACCUCGGCGCACCUCUCACUGAUGGUGGCGCUAUCUGGCCGUCAGGGUCAGCAAAUCACCAUGCUGAAGAACGCCAUGGCCAAGCUGAGCACCAACUACACCGGAACGCUGCUCUGGAAGAUCACCGACUGGUCCGCCAAGAUGGUCGAGGCCAAGAGCAAGGACGGCCUCGAGCUGGUCUCGCCGCCCUUCUACACUAGCCAGUAUGGCUACAAGCUGCAGGCCUCGAUGUUCCUCAACGGAAACGGCCCCGGCGAGUCCACCCACGUGUCCGUCUACAUCAAGGUCCUGCCCGGAGAGUACGACGCCCUGCUCAAGUGGCCCUUCUCGCACUCCGUCACCUUCACCCUCUUCGAGCAGGGCACCCUCGGCGGCCAGGGCGGCGUUGCCGAAUCCUUCGUUCCCGACCCCUCCUGGGAGAACUUCCAGCGGCCAUCCUCCGAACCGGACGCCCUCGGCUUCGGCUUCCCGCGGUUCGUCUCCCACGAGCUGCUCAACCGCCGACCCUUUGUCCGCGAAGACACCGUCUUCCUGCGCGUCAAAGUCGACCCCAGCAAGAUCGUCGCCGUCUAAACGCCUUGCACGCAACAUUGCAUACAAAGACUCAAAAAAACAAACAAAUCAACGAGAGAACAAUGAACUGCAUUUACGUUUACCAAUCGCCACCUGUACAUAUAGUGCGAACGGGCGAUGCUAGUAUUGUAGAAAAAACCUCCCCUUCCCCCUCCCCCCACCAACCUGUACAUAACAAACGGAAUCGAAGAGCGUUCCCGGCCAACCCGAUCCGGGAACCACUCUGACAGAAGUAAAGAGAAAAACACUGCGGCUUGCACCAAAACUCCUGUACACACGUCCAAGCGCUAACACGAAUCAGCUUGCGGAAAUCUCAUGUAAUUUUUAUGUUUAACAAUUUUUGUUUACUUUUUUUUAUUAAGUGUGCUCAGGAUCUUUUUUGUUCUUGGUCCCUCCGCGGGGGCAGAGCCCCUGCCCCUCGGUCCCAAUCAAAGACACUACCGCUGGAAUCAUGCCAAAGUUUGCUGUUUGGAUGGCUUUGCACAACUGAAUUUCCACCGAAGUUCAGGCAAAGCUCAUAUCAUAAACUCGAAAAACUGUCCCUCACCUUUUUCCAUUUACCUCAAAAAUGUUAUCUGUUUCUCCUCCCUACCUUUUCCCCUCUUUUCCCACUUUUUCGAAUUUGUUACUCGUUAACACUGCAAAGGUCAGCGAAACGUUAGUUAGUUAGUUUUUUUUUUCUUGUUUAACCUGUAAGUGAACGUCUCGAGUCAUUAGGAUUACUAGUUGUUCGUUAACAACACACAAAUACACAUAAAAACACAAAUUCGGAUCGAAAAUGAAAUCCGCAAAUGCGCCACAAAGCGAAUGAAUGAUUAUUUCAUAACAAACAAAACGUCUAGUGCGUAAGUCGUAUUUAACCAUAUUAGCAACGUAAGCGGUAACACGAUAGGUUUAAGGACGAUCAAUCAAAGACAAAUACAAAUCAAAAUCUUGAAAAAUA